GUCUUUUACGUAUAUUAAUAUCGUUUGCUUUGGUAAAUGUUUUGGUAGCUAAACAUAAAGAUGAAAUAUAUAAAAGGCAGGUUUACCUAACCAACCAAUAUAUCCAUUGCGCUGAUCCCGUAAACAAUAUGUUUUCUCUGACCAAUGAAGUUGGUUUGAUGACAGUAUUGAAAAACAUUGUUCUUGGAGACUAUACGAUGGUGGAAGUAGCAUUAAUGUUGGUAGAACCGGAAAACCAAGAAGUCGUAUUUAUAGAGCAAGAAACACAAGAGGACGUAGCUAAAGAGUGUGAAACACAAGAGGACGUAGCUAGAGAGUGUGAAACACAAGACGACGUAGCCAUAAAGACUAAUAAGUGUCUGCAAUUGAAAAAUUUGGUAUCAAAACUAAAGCCUAAAACAAAAAACCAAGAAGUCGUAUUUAAAGAUCAAGAUUUGCUAUCAAAAAUAAAGCGUAAAACAGGUACAAAAGCAUUUGCAAGCAAUACAAAAAAACCAAAAGUCUUACACAUAAAGCAAAAAAAGUUAUGGUACCAGAAAAAAGUGCAACAGGAAAUAGAAACUGUACUAGGUAAAAUGUGCUCUAACCUUUCAAUAAACGAAGAAAAAUUAAGAUCUGUUGAUCUGAAAACGUUGGGACUAAACAGAAGAUCUUUAUUAUUCCCAGCUGUAGUAGACUUAAUCCAUGCAGUUGUAAUAGGAGGAGUUUCCGACUUGAAUUAUUUAUUAGGUUUUCCAGAGAAGUGUCGUUUAUUUGGAUUACGCAUGAACUUAUAUAACGAAUUACGUCAUUUACCAUUUAUAGAAUCUGCUAUAGUUGAAGAUGGAACUUGUAUACUAACAGCUCUAGACAAAAGUGAAACCAAAUACAAAAUCAUGCCUGACGGAAUUUGGCAAUAUAACGCUGACGACUCAACGGCAUACUGAGCAAUCCUGGAUGGAGAUUAAUGAACCAUAUCAAAGGCAAACACCAAUGCUCUAAAAAUUCAUUUUCCGGCAUUGAUCUGUUUGUACCCAUCGAAGAAC